AUGUUUACCUUACAAGCAAAUUAUGGGAUAAUACAUUUUGACAGAGUUUAUAAAAAAGUGAAUGAGAAUAGAAUUCUUAGAGGUUUAAUAGAAAGAUUGCGAUUUAUAAAUUAAAAUGUUUACAUUGUUUUAUUGAAAAAUGAAUAUUAAUCAAUUUAAUCUACAUAAAGGGGCUUUAUCUCCUUAAUCAAUAUCAAUUACUUAUUAACGAGCAAAACUCCUAAUAAAUAGCAUUCAAAAUAGCCAACAUAGUAACUUCUUAGAAAUUUGAAAUAAAGUUAAUGA